AUGACCGUAAUCGGGCGAGAAAAGAAGUGGUGGAAGCAGGCUUCCAUCUAUCAGAUUUACCCUGCGUCCUUCUGCGACUCCAACGGAGAUGGCAUUGGUGAUAUCCCCGGCAUCACGUCCAAGCUGGACUACAUUGCCAGCCUUGGCGUCGACGCCAUCUGGGUGUGUCCCAUGUAUGACAGUCCGCAGAUCGACAUGGGCUACGACAUUUCCAACUACGAGGACGUGUACCGCCCGUACGGCACUGUCCAGGACAUGGAGACGUUGAUCCGUGAGACACACGCACGCGGCAUGCGCAUCAUGCUCGACCUCGUCAUCAACCACACCUCGGACCAGCACGCCUGGUUCAAGGAGUCGCGCGCCAGCAAGGACAGCCCCAAGCGCGACUGGUACAUCUGGAAGCCCGCCAAGUAUUCCGCCACGGGCGAGCGCUUGCCUCCCAACAACUGGCGCGGAAACUUUGGCGGUGGCAGCACAUGGGAGUGGGACGAGGCCACGCAGGAGUACUACCUCCAUCUCUUCGCCACAGAGCAGCCAGACCUCAACUGGGAGAACCCCGUCACGCGCAAGGCCAUCUACGCCUCCGCCAUGGAGUUUUGGCUCGACCGUGGCGUCGACGGCUUCCGCGUCGACACGGUCAACAUGUACAGCAAGCACCAGGACUUUGCAGACGCGCCCGUCACCGACCCCAAGGCGCCUUUCCAGCCCGCCGGUUUCGUCUACUGCAACGGGCCCCGCAUGCACGAGUUCCUGUCCGAGAUGAACGCCGUCCUCAGCCGCUACGGCGCCAUCACCGUCGGCGAGCUGCCCUGCACGCCCGACAUGGCCAAGGUCGUCAAGUACGUCAGCGCAAAGGAGAAGCAGCUGGACAUGGUCUUCCAGUUUGACCUGGUCGAUGUCGGCUUCGGCAAGACGCACAAGUUUGAGACGGCGCCCCGCAACUGGACUCUCCCGGAUGUCAAGGCGGCCGUGGAGCGCACUCAGAGCAUCAUCCGCGGCACAGAUGCCUGGACCACGGCAUUCAUCGAGAACCACGAUCAGGCUCGCAGUGUGUCGCGCUUCACCGACGACAGCCCCGAGUUCCGCGUCGCCGGUGCCAAGAUGCUGGCACUCAUGCAGUCAUGCCUCAGCGGUACGCAAUAUAUCUACCAGGGCCAGGAAAUUGGCUGCAUCAACACCCCCAAAAUCGGCUACCCGCCUGAAAACUAUCUCGACAUUGACAGCUCCCUCUACUACAAGAUGGUACAGGAAUGUUUCGGCGCCGACAAUAAAGCAGAGCUGGACCGCGCCUUCAGUGCGAUGCAGUACCUUGCACGCGACCACGCUCGCGUGCCCAUCGCCUGGGACGGCAGGGAAAAGUACGGCGGCUUCUCGGAGCCGGCCAUCAAGGCCGGCCAGGACGUCGCCGAGCCGUGGAUGAAGGUGCACCCGCUCGCAGGCGAGAUCAACGUGGCCGCGCAGCUUGACGACCCCAGCAGCGUGCUUGCCUUUUGGCGCAAAAUGCUGGCCUUCCGCAAGGAGCACGCCGACGUCCUGGUGUACGGCGACUACAAGGGUUUGCAGGAGGACAACAAGGAGACGUUCAUGUUUCUCAAGGAGGCGCAGGGUGGCGCGCACCGUGUGCUGGUCGUUCUCAACUUUACCAAAGAGCCGCAGACGUGGACGGUGCCGUCGGCUGCGGAGCUGGGGCUCCCUGAGCAGGACUUAGUCAAUAUGACGCGCAUUUUGUCAACGCACGAGGGCAAGCGUGCGGAGCAAACACUACAGCCCUUUGAGGGCCAUGUGUACACUAUUAGCAAUUAA